UUAAUUAGUUGGUAUGUAUUUACUAAGAUUUAAAGUGUAAAAAAUAAAUAUGUUAUAAUACCUAUAUGUUAAUCACUAUGAUUCUAUAUACAUAGUUAUUAGUUUAAGGCAUUUAGGCCAUUAGCAGUAGGCCAUUAGGACACAAUUGUAAAUAUUUGUUACAAUAUGCAAUAAUUUUAAUAAAAAUAAAUUUUGAUAAGUCAGAAUUGGAUCGGUAAGUAUAAGGUAUAUUAGAAAAUAUAACAUUAUUUGUGAUUGUUGCAAAAAUAUGGACAUGUUUAUUUACAAUACCUCAUAGGUAUCUAUAUAUAUUAUAUAUUAUAAUAAAUUAACAGUAUGAGAUCACAAUAUUCAUGAUGUGCCAAUUUUGCUACGACACUAUUCGUACGUAAUGAUAUCUUAAGAUAAAUGUACAAUUAGAAUGUCAGGUAUUAAUGGCUAAAAGCCAAAAGGUAUUCUGAGAUUAGAGUAUCCUAAGUGGAUCGUCAAUAUAGGUGCAGCUAGAAUACAAAUCGAACGCAUGGCUGAAAGAUAUUUUACGAUGAACUUGAAGUUAUGCAAAUCAAUUUAUAGAAUUUACUUAAUCGUCAUAUAAAUUAUAUAUUCAUUAAUAAUUAUCUUAAAUUAAAUUCAAAUACAAUAAUAAAAUGUGCGAAGAAAUUGAACUUCAUCGAUACGAUGACACGCCUUGGGGAUUUCGACUGACAGGAGGCCAUGAUUUCGGGAUUCCUCUUACUGUCGUUCGGGUGACUGGAGGUAGUUUGGCCGAGGAAGCCGGUAUGAAUGUCGGAGAUAUGAUUAUUGAAAUUAACGGAGAUAACACUGCACAAAUAACUCAUAGCGAAGCUCAGCAAUGUAUUUUAGAAGCUGGCAACAGUAUUACUCUAUCGAUUUUACGAGGAAGUCCAGUACCAGCAGUUACACCAACCAGAGGACUACACACACCUACAGUCAUUGAUCGUGCAACAUCUUCAAUUGGAAGUUUAACUGAGUAUGAGCAUAGAGAUCAUGUAGUAUCAGCUGUAUCAGAAUCAUAUGAGAGUGGCCAUGAGAUGACUGAAGAAGAAAUAGCUGAAAAAUUAUUAGAAAGUGCUGAAGUUAUUGAAAAUAAUGGGAAAAAUGUCAUAGGUGUCAAUUUUAAACGUUUUGUGCCUAAAUGUGAUUUUAUUAAAAAUUCACUGGUAUUUCAAACAUUACAAGAAGAACAAAUUUUUGACCAAAAAUCAGAGCAAGAACAAUUAAAAAGGUGUCCAACGAAAAGAUUUUCAACAUUUUUAACAACACCAAAUAGGCCUAAAAUCAGACCGCCUGAAAAAAAAAAACCUGAAGAAGUAAAACAAACUGAGGUAAAUGAAUCUGAAAAUGAGCUAGUUGAGGAAAAUAAAUCCAAUUCUUGCGAACAAGUAUGUACCAACUGUAAAUGUAAAUUAAGUGAUAUAGAAGAUUGUAUUGUAUCUACGGAUACAGUAACAGAAAUUGGAAAUGAUGAAAUCGAUCAUAAUGUAGAAGAAUUUGAAGAAAAUUUGGAAAAUCACAUUGAAAUCAAAACUGAAGAUCACGAAGAGCAAUGUGGGAUUGACCAUGAAGAAAAAGAAAAUAUUAAAACAAACGAGGACUUAAUUGAAAAAAUUGAAGAAAUUCAUGAAUCAAAAAUUGAUGAAGUGAACAAAGAGCCUGAGAAUACGUUUGAAAAGAGUAUAUUAAAUAUUCAAAAUCAAUUGACAGCUAUUCGAGAAUUACCACUACAAAUACAAAAUCAUAUUUCAUUAUUGGAAAAACAACUUUCAGAUAUACUCUCCCACAAAAUUCAACUUACUGAAACAUCUGAGAGUAAUGAAAUUAAAAACAAUGAUGCUGAAGAAGAACAAAAAGAAAGUUUGACUGAACAGGAAAAUAUUGAUGACGGGUCAUUAGAGACAUUAUAUGAUGAUGAAGCGUUUGAGACAGCCAUUGAUGAAACAUUUGAAGAUGUACAAGAAUCAGAUUCUAAUGGAAUAUCAGAAGACAAUUCUGAAGAAGAAGCUGAAGAUAGAGAACCUAGUGGUAGGCCAAUGUACCCUCUUACACCAUUGCCAAGACCUAUCGUUUUACCUGGUGGUCGCAAAUGGAGAUGCCCCAAAGAUGCUUACAAUGAGAAAUUUAUUGCUGAAACAUUAAUAUCUCAAGCGGAAGUUUUAGUUGGUUCUACAUUGGGGGUAAAUUUUAGAAAGUAUGAGCCACCAAAAUUUGACUUGUCUAAUUCAGCGGUAUACAAAUUAGUGCAUAAUAUUGAGAAAAAAAAUACUGGGGGUAUUGAAAAUAGACCUGAAGUAGUUGCUGCCGAAGAAGAUUUCUACUACCACAAACCAAUUGACGCACGACAAUUCUACUUAGCUACACUCCCACAACCAACAACGGUACCGGAUUUUGAAACAGAUAGUCAAUAUGGACAUUAGGUGUAAACUAUAUUUUAUUUUUAAAUCCAAAGUAGUAUUGUUCUAAAAAAUAUUAUUUAGUAUAAGUUAAUUUAUUGUUAUUUAUUAUACCUACAUUUAACACUUUAGUUUAAUAUUAUAGAAAAGUUAGAAUAACUGAAAAUGUACCCAAUCCUCCAAUUAUUGUAUUAAGUUUAUAUCUUAUUUUUUAAUGUGUCAAUGAUUUAAUGUUAAUGAAUUCUCAGAUGUUUGAUUUUGAUUAUAGUAGAUAUAUUGUGUUGUUAGAAAUCUGAAAGUAAAAUAUUGGUAUUAAUUGUAAACAGGUACUGUACUAUCUAACCAAAAACAGUUUUGUAGAGCCAAACCAUCUGUAAAAUGUUUUAAGCCGGCUAAAAAAUCAUAAAAAAAAAAAAACUAUUUGUCAAAAUUAAAAUUUUUUAUACCCUAUUGACUAUGUCUAAUACUUAAAAACUAGUGCAUUCAUUACUAAGUAUUUAUCGAUAUUAUAAUCAAUAUUUCAACUUGAA